CCCACGGGCUUCAAUGGCUGAAGUGCGUCCCCAUGCUCGGUUUCUUAUGAAGCAUUGUUUCCAGAAGCUGCUCUCACACCGUUCCUCCAGUCUAGUGUUUAGAAAACAGCCUCUAUUUUCAUCAACCUCUUUCAUAAGAUCAUUUAAUCACAUUUCCACGAUGCCUAUCGAUCAAACCGAGAAAGACGUCACCUUGACCUAUGCUGGUAGCUCGGUCAAGGUCCUCCUCCAUGGUGCAAACAUUCUCUCAUGGAAGGUCAAUGGUGCAGAGAAGCUGUUCCUUAGCGAAGGUGCAAUCCUUGACGGCUCCAAGGCCGUCCGAGGCGGUGUGCCGUUGGUCUUCCCGGUGUUUGGAAAGGCAACUUCCGGUCCUACUGCUACUCUGCCCCAGCACGGAUUCGCUCGUUUGUCGACUUGGGAAUUCCUCGGACAAACCACCGAAAGCCCUCUUGCUGUUCAGUUUGGUCUUGGGCCCGAGAAUGUCUCGGAGGAGCUCAGAUCCGCCUGGCCUUACAACUUCACCUUGAUCUACACCGUCUCUCUUGGAGAGGACACUCUCGAGACUUCUCUGUCGAUCAGCAACCCCGGUGAUGUUGCUUGGGAUUUCCAGACCCUGCUUCACACUUACUUUUAUAUUCCUGAUGUUGACAAGGUCGCGGUUACUGGUCUUACUGGAACUGAAGUCAAGGACAAGGUCACCAAGACUGACUACUCAGAGUCGAACGAAGAUGUCACUAUCGCUGCUGAGGUUGACAGGGUGUACGAGAAUGUCCCGAAGCCGGUGACUAUUAAAUCUGAUGGAAAGACUCUUUUCGAGAUUACCCGAAAGAACCUCGAUGAUGUUGUCGUCUGGAACCCGUGGACCAACUGCGUGAAGAUGGGCGAUUUCAAGCCUGUCACCGGCUACAAAAACAUGAUCUGUGUCGAGGCUGGCAGUGUCAGCAAAUGGACAUCGUUGGCUCCUGGCGAGACCUACGUGGCAGUCGAGACCGUCAAGGCUUACUUGUGAAUAAGGCUUGGUUCAUAAUUCGGGCGCAGUCUGUAAAUAACAUUGGUCAUUCGGAAAAUUGACGUGAUGGAUUUGGAUAUAUAGUCGCUCUUCAUUGAUGGUGGUCUUGUGAAUGACAUUGGGUAAU